AAUUCAGAGCGUCAGCACUACAGUGCUCCUGUAGGUAGUUAAACAGUUACUCGGCUUUAUGAUCGUUUAUUUCUGUAACUUUUACUGGUGUUUUAUUAUGUGGGGAGUCACGCUGUUUUUUCUGUUUUGUGUCGCCGCCCAGGUGACAUCACAUAACAUUGAGGUGAAAUGUGAAGAAUAUCAUGGUUUUCCCUCAAGACACGAGACCUUGGUUCCAUCUCUAGUGGCAGGCUUGAAAUUGAAGAUGGUGCCAGUAGGCGAAAGAGUCAUGCUCAACAUAAGCUGGGCGAUCAGCAUUGAUGCUAGUACCAAAUAUUUGACAGCCACUCGCAUCAGAACAGAAAGACAAGACUACCAUUGUAAUUACAACCCAUCUUUGGCCAGUGCAAGCUUGGAUCAAUUAGAAAAGAUAUGGUUUCAUUAUGCUGUAAACCCCACCUAUGGCUACAAUAUAAUACAAGUUGCAAAUCUCCCUUUCCCUCCACUGGUGGAUGGCAAUUUAGUUUAUGUGACGGAAUCUAUUUAUAUUCCUAAACCACCAAAAACAACGGUUACACCAACUUCUCCUUAUGUAACUACAGUUAAGGUCACUACUGGGCUAACUACUCCAGCUCCGAGAGUACCGGUAAUCGUCAGAUUUGCCAUCAUCUUUACCGGAGGAGUGGUCAUCCUCAUUAUCCUGAGUUCAUUCUGCAUAAUGUGUAAAAAUAGGACUGUUAAAGCUGGCAAAUUACUGGACUACCAGAACAUUCCUGUGGUGCCUCCUCAUGUGCUUUUGGUGUACCCUGCUGUAAAUUCAGCAUUCCAGCGUGCUGUUGUUGCACUUGCAGAGUUCCUGCAGUUGCAUGGUGGCUGCAAGGUUGCAAUUGACAUUUGGCAGCAAGAAAAGAUUGCACAGAAGGGGCCGAUGCGCUGGCUGGCUGAGGAAGCUAAGUCUGCAAACCAAGUCCUUAUUGUCAGUCCACAGCCCAGCCACUGUCCUCCUGACCCCAGCAUGUCAGAAUCCUCCAUCCCAGCUGCAGCUCAUGACCUUUAUCCUCUGAUUCUUAACAUGGUGGCAAGCAACGCAAAGAACCCCAGUGAGCUGUCCAAGUUCUGGGUGGUGCAGCUGGGUGAGCAGAAGGACAAGAGUUCUUGUAUGUUGCCCCUGGAACUGAGGGUCUGCAAAACUUUUUGUCUGAUGAAGGAUUUGAAAAAACUUUACAAGGGUCUUCACACUUGCGAGCAGAUUGACAAGAAGAUAAUAAGUCUGAUUUGUAACCGGGGCGUUUCCUACAGUGAGAACAGCACAUUGACAUUGAGGGAAAGUGUAGAAACACUAAGGGGGCAUCAGGUUAACAUUUCCAAAGAAGUCACCAUUAAAUUCUGUGAUCACCACAAUUUGAAUAUUUGUCAUGAUAAUGUUUUGACUGCUUGAUCAAGAUGGGUCUGAACAGGUGCUGAUGAUUUUACUAAUGAUACUGUUUGCAGAAUGUCUUCAUGUGUUUGUUUGUAUAAAUAUGAUGAAAGCAUAUAUUUGGAACUGCAUCUAAAUGUUUAAUACGCACAAAGAAAGAAAGAGAAAACACAUAAUUCUCUAUCAAAGAGUAAAGGAGGCCAUCUGUGUCCACUGCACCACUGGCUUUCUACAGUGCAGUCCUGAGAUCCAGGCACAUUUAGUCCCCACUCUGGUCUCGCCUCAGGUGACCUCAGUAGGUCACGUGAUAGGGUGGGCCAAGGUCUCAUAGUGGUUUCACCUUUAAAUCCCCAGUGAUGGCGACCCAAACCUGGGACUCUCCACGUUUUGUUUUUAGAACUAACUAAGCCUCUUGGAUGACAAGUUAAACAUCUUCACAAACUCAAAGAAGUCAACUUGCCUUCUUUUUUCAAGCUCCUAAGAAUAUCCUAACCUGGAUGUCCAGGAAUGUAUAUAUUUAUAUGUAUCUCAAUUAAAGAGAAGCACUAGUAUGAACCAUUAUGCAUGCUCCUGGAUAAGCUGCCCAUCCAUCCAUGGUCGCAUGGAGGCUGGAGCUCGCUAGACAAGCUGUAUGUUUCCUUAAUCUAGUGUGUUUUAUUCAAAUAAAAAUUGAA